AUGCUCGUGGCCGUCCAGAUGCGGUGGUGCCUGGCGUCGGUUGUGUUGACCCUCAGCCAGCUGACGAACAUUGAAGGGCAGAUAAGUCUAUCGUCGGUUCCGUGCGGUGGUCAGCAGCAACAACGGAUCGUCGGUGGAUUAGACUCGAGCCGGGGUCAAAUUACCUACAUCGCCAGCCUUACCAAACGCGGUGGUCACUACUGCGGAGCGUCGAUCGUCAACGAUCGUUGGCUGCUAACGGCGGGUCACUGUGUAUGCAGUGCAGUCAACAAGGUGCUCCGGGCGAACCAGAUACGGGCGGUGCUUGGGCUGUACCGCAUGUCGGAGUUUGCCGGAAAUCGGAUCGAUCGUGCCCUCGGUGGGGACGGUGCGUACGAGAUGGGCCUGCGGACGAUCGUGCCACAUCCGGGCUAUGUGUGCAACAAGCCGUCGAACGACAUUGCGCUGCUGGAAAUGACUCAACGGAUCGAUUUUACGCCCACCGUGCGUCCGAUUUGCUUGUCGAGCGGUGCGGACGCAUCGGCCCGUGUUGAAGGACGGACGGCCGUCGUUGCAGGCUGGGGUUGGCAGCAGGAAAAUCGUAAUCUCGGCGACAAAGCGGACACUCUGCAGCGCGCCGUGGUUGAUGUGUUCCCCAACGAGGAGUGCGAAAGUAUGUACCGGCGUGGGAACCGAUCGCGCACGAUCGCGCGUACGCAGCUGUGCGCAGGGAAGGGUACGGGAGGGGUUGAUGCGUGCUGGGCUGAUUCUGGUGGGCCGCUAGUGACGAGCGAUAACGUGCUGAUCGGUAUCGUGUCGACGGGUAUUGGUUGCGCCAGGCCAGGCUUUCCCGGAAUUUACACGCGAGUUAGUGAGUACGCUGGCUGGAUUGUCACUGUGAUUGACCGGUUUAACGGAAGCUAA